AUGCGUUUUAAUUAUACGGAAGAGGACGUGCACGUCGAAGUGCACGGCAUACUACAAAAGGGACCCAAAUAUAUCUCCCCUCCUAAUAAUACCGACCUUAACCAGUUAGUCCCAGCGGCAUUAGCAGCAUUGAAGUCCUGCCAGGUACCAGCCACGUACCCACAAAUGGAGUUAGAAAUCAUCACAAAGCUUGCGGCGGCGAAGCAAGUAUCCAGCACACCUAAGUACCACGUAAACCACCAAGCAGUAAAGCAAUUCCUAGCUACGAAUAACUUGAGGCUUCUGGUCUCUGAUAAGGAUAAACGAUUCGUUCUGUGCAAGGAGGACGAUUUCAUCUUUAGAGCCAAUGAGUUCCUAUCGCAAUCACAAUCACAGAUGAUAAAUGAUGAUCCAACACCAACAGUACUGCGAAGGACAAAGAAAGUAAUAGCUUUACCAGGAGUAGCUUCGACUCUAACUGGCUGCCUUGAUCCUCCCACCAACGUAGCAUGCCCUAGGCUAUUCUUUCGACCGAAAACGCACAAAGUAAACUGGCCGUUACGCCCACUGGUGAACAAGAGAUCGCAUCCUACAUAUUUCCUCGAAAAGGCGCUCGCAAAGUUUUUGCGUGAACUUCUUCCGGAAUCACAAUAUGUUACCCCGUCGUCUAUAGCUGCCAAGUCCACCAUUGCUUCCAGCAUGAGGAGUACGCCUAAAGAUUCCUAUACUUUCUACAAAUUGGAUGUGGUGUCCUUAUAUCCAUCGGUACCUGUUUUUGAAGCCGUAAUGCUUGCUAACUCCUUGAUCAUCAAAAAAGGAUUCAACAUACAACAAGUGCUAGACAUACGUGAUGCGCUGACAUUCAUCACUGAGCACAACUAUUUCCUUUUUAACAAGAGCAUCUACUUGCAGAAACGAGGAGUUCCGAUGGGCUCUCCGCUAUCUGCAGUCUUGGCCGAGCUCAUUAUGAGAGAAGUUGAGCGUAGAAUUUUCAACUCCCCUCUUACCAUCAGUUAUCCGUCGCUAUACUUACGUUAUGUCGACGACAUCCUAAUAAUAUGGGAGAAUACAGAGGAGGAGUUUAUCAAAUUUGUGCAACAUCUUUCAAGCAUAUACCCUACAAUCAAGUUCACUUGGGAGAGGGAGCAUGAGGAUUCAAUAGCGUUCCUGGAUCUGUGUAUACAAAAGUCGAUUGAGGGGCCGCAAUUUGCUGUUCACUACAAAUCUGAUACGUUACCGUAUAUUAUCCCGGUAGAUGCUUUCCAACCGUCGCGGUAUAUCAAUGCCGCCAUUGCUGCACUGGUUAGAAGAGCAUUGUUGCUUCCAUCGACACAGCUAGCAACAAAAAUGGAAUUAGACAUCAUCAGAGUAGCGGUAUCUCUUGCAGGAUUUACAUAUGGCAAAUACGAGCAUGUGCUCCGUAAAGUAAAACAGGCCCUAUACCCAUGUACCACACUGUACAGAAAGGAAAAAGCAUCCGUGAUCCAAUCAUCAUUGCCGUAUCUUGGACCAAUUUCUAUACGCAUCAGCCGCAUAUUUCGACGACAUAAUUUCAUACUACCCAUAACUCCCCUACCAAGCCUGCGCAGAUGUAUCUGCAACGACCGGGACAGGCUAACCACUUUAGAAAAGUCAGGGGUUUACAAGAUAUACCUAGAAAAUCCGGUAACGGGAAAUAUUACAAGAUACAUAGGAGCAACAACAAGAAUGCUCGCCUCCCGCCUUGCUGAGCAUCAGGAUGAUGUAGCCAAAGGAAGAUGUUCUACUGAGCUCGCUAGAAAAGUUCUCGAGCAAGGCUACAACCCAUUAUGGCCCAGAACGGAAAUAAUUAAAUGCUGCAACAAUCGAAGGCUUGUGUUUAUCUGGGAAGCGCUUCUCACGGCUACUUCAGAAGCGUGCAAUGUUCCCACCCUCGAUCUACCCGGGGUGUGGAUUGCCUUAUAUCGGCGCCUAAAAAGCGAAACGCGCCUAACAUCGUAUCGCCAACGCGGUAGCGUUUUCAUGCAUGCGCCGCUAACAUCGUAA